UGGCUGAGCGCGGCGUGACGUCACAGCGGUUUUUUUUUUAAUGAAAGGAGCCUCAGCUGUUUUUCCCGCGAAACUUUGAAAUGCGGGUUUGUGGGAGUUUGGAAAAAGGAAUUGCGGGACGGGUAGGUUAUCCUUGAAAGAUGCCAACCUGGGACCACCAGACUUUCCUCCUCCCAUUUUACUUGUUUCUACUCAUUGGCCCUUGCCUUGGGUUUUUUGGCUGGCUCUCUCGAAGUCCCAAACCAACCCCUGCUCCGGACCCAGAUCCUGCUCCAGACCUGAGAAGUCUCCAACAUGUUGCUUUCGAGAUGACCACCGCCGACGAGAGGUUCCUGGCAGAGGCCCAGCGGUUGCAUCUUUCGCCCUUGGAUUCCUGCCACCACAAGGUCAUAGCCCAGCUUCGUUCGUCUUGCACAGACCUGACUGAAGAGGAGCUGGCCAAGCUGGGGGUCUCCCUGUUCAACUGUCAGGCAGGGGUUGAAGGACGAAGGACCUACCUCUGCACCCCAGAUAUGACUCUGGCCGAAUGCACUGCGGAGAUGGAUCCCGACACCUGGAACGCUUACCACAUCGUGAGCAACCGUGCACGUGCCGUCUGCUACGCCACCCGGCAAAUGCAGUUCAAGCUCCGGGCGGAGCACACGGUCAAUGCCCUGGUCUCCACUGCGGCCGGACAGCUGGAAGCCAUGGAGAUCCUCAAGAGUGGCCAGGAGGAGCUGCGAGCGCUGACCUCGGAGUCCCUGCAGCGAGUGGUGGGCGGUCAAGAGCGGCUCCUGGCCCAGCAAGAGGCCUUCCAAGGCAGCCAGGAACAUAUGGAGGAGUCCAUCCAGCGCAACCUGGCCCAGCUGGCCCAGGAGAAGGCCCUGAUUGCCAGCGGGCAGCAGCAGGUGGCCCAGCUCAUCGAGGGCAUCACAAGGAGAAUGGAAAACGUCAGCACUCACCUGAGCAGCCAGGAUGCCGACCUGCAAGAGGGCCACAGAGCCAUCCUGAGGGACCUGAGCCAGGUGCAGAAGCGAGCCCAAGAGGUUUACGCCAAAAUAGAGAGCAACUUGGGUUUGUUUGCCGCCUACCAGAACCAGACCGGCCUGUAUUACGAGGAAUUGAUGGGGAAGCUGCAAAAGAUGAACGAGAGCCUGGGGCUGGUGCUGUUCACCAUGGAGCGCAUGCAGAGCAACGUGGAAGGGCAGCUGCGGCACAUCCAGAGGUUCAUCCACUGGGCAGGCUUCAGCCUGAGCUCCAUCUACACCUGCCUCUUCCACGGCUGCUAUUUCCUCCUGGCCGCUUUGGUCAUGACUUUCCUGCAGAUCCCGGGCCUCCCGCGCAUCAUGCUCCUGGUCCUCGUUGUGGCCAACGCCCUCUUGGAGCUCAACCACACUGUUUCCUUAGGAUUUAAUGCCCUCACCAUCUUCUUGGUGCUGGCGGUUGCAGGCAACUGGCUGCUUGGAAGAAUCGUCUGCUAUGCAAUGGCAAGGAAAGAACACAAACACAUCUUGGGGUUUGUGCCAUUCCUCCAGGAAAAUCCUGAAAUGUGUGUCCAUGAAGAAGAGGAAAAGAGUGGGAAUCAUCGUGUUCAUGUCACUUCAACUCCCGAAAGAGAUGACGAUGUUGACUUCUUGAAAGAAGAGCUAGAAGAGUUGGAAGAGUCGAGCUACAGGUCAGAUGCAACCCAUUUGGGAACGGAGUCCUCAAGGACAGGUGCCGAUGUCUUUCCUCCUCCCCAAAGAAGAGGACAAGGAAGCACCACGCUGUUCUCAGUAGAUGGGAAACCUCCCCAGGGCCCUUCUCCCCACACCAUGAGCCUCCGCCGUCCCAGUUUGUCCCGCUCCGUCAAAAAAGAGGUCCCACUGGACAGAUUCCACCACCUUCAUUUGGGCUCGUCCUUCUACUCGCUGCCCAUCUCAAGGUGCUCUUCACCCAAUGAGUCCAUGGCCAGUGACAUGUCCACUUGCUCGGCCUCUCCAAGGCCACGGUGCCAAGCGGUCACCCGGACUGGACAUCCGUGCAGGAAGAGAGCCAUCGCAGGACACAGCUAUUGCCACGUCCAUGAAUCCGGUCAGUCCUCUUAUGUCAGCUAAGCAGAAGUGUCCUCUCGGAUUUGGUUUUCUUGUCGAAGAAUGUCAAAAAUGACCUGUCACUUUUACUACUCUUUUCCAACUAAGAGAGGACAUCUAUUGAUUUAGUAUCUUAUGAUAGUCUAGAAUUAUAUACUCAAACGAUUGCCAAGCUACAACUGCAACUUGAUUCUUGUGGCUUCUUGUAUGGACUUUGAAAACAUCUAUUCUUCUCUAAUUUAUGUAAACGAGAACCUCCUCUACCUCUAUUUUCUCCCUUCGACAUAUGUUAUCUGCAUAGACUUUUUUAAAACUAUUUUUACAAAUAUUAAUAAAAAAUAUUAAAUAUAUAAUCAAUAAAACCUCAUCUACCUCUAUUUGCUCCCUUCGAUAUGCAUUAUCUAGAUAGACUUUUUUGUACUAUUUUUACAAAUAAUAAUACAUGACAAAAUAAUACGUUACAAAUAAUAAAUACAUAAUAAUGCAUAUCGAUAUGUGUUAUCUGCAGGCUUUUUUGUACUAUUUUUACAAAUAAUAAUACAUAAUAAAAUAAUAAUUUACAAAUAAUAAUAAAUACAUAAUAAAUGUUUUACAACAAAAGAAUCACUGCUUUUAUCCCAAUCUAUCUCAGGGUAGUGAUUUUUCAGAUGUUGGACUCCAACUCCCAGCAUUCCUCAACACUAGCAAAGGCUGCUGGGAAUUGUAGUCCACCAAUACCUGGAGAUACCCUAUUUGUACCAAUAUAAGCCUGGCACAAUUUAAUAUUUUUCAGAUGUUGGACUCCAACUCCCAGCAUUCCUCAACACUAGCAAAGGCUGCUGGGAAUUGCAGUCCAACACCCUGGAGAGACCCUUUUUGUAUCAAUAUAAGCCUGGCAUAAGUUAAUAAGCUACGAUGUCCCAGAACAAUACAGAGUAUUGCCAGAUUUAUUAUGAUAAGUUUUGAUAACCAAAGAAAAGGAUUUCCAGGCUGAGAUUGAUUGCAAGUUUCCCAGAAAAGCUGGUUUUUCAAUAUUCUAGUUGCAGUAAUUAAAGUGAACCAACAAAAAAUAAAACGUUGGUUUAUAUUGCAUGUUUUGUUCUAUGGGAAAUUCAGCUCAUUAGUUAGUAUCCAAAAAAUGUGACUUAUUGCACUAUGUCUAAAAUUGUGAAGUUUGCACAUGAAUUCUUAAUAAACGUGUUUUACUAAAAUA